CUCAAUAUAAUCAAAUUUUAAUAUUUUAUAGAUAUCCGAUUCUGAAUAAUUCGAUUAUGGCACUUGAUAUCUUGAAGUUUGUAUGGUCGAUUCCUACAAUUUCAAAUACUGGAUCAUCUGGUAAUCUGAAUUAUAAUUUUACAAAUAACAUGUUUCUUCUUGAUGUAAGUCAGAAAGAUAGUUAUAAAUGGGUUACAUCAUAUGAACUUACCAAAUCGUUCCAACUAACUUCUACCGCUUCCAUUCCAAUUUCAAAAAUACCAUCAACUUCUGUAUUUUCAUCAAACACUUCAAAUACUUUACCUAUUAAUUAUGGUGCAAUAAUUGGUGGCACAAUUGAAGGAAUUACAGAGUUGAUAAUCUUGUCAACAGUUGCAGUUAUUGUUAUCAAAAGAUAUGGUCAUCCUCCAAACUUUUUUACUUUACAGGAAGAAGAAAGUAAUCAAAAAAUUUCUUAA